CGUUAAUGCAUAACGCAUGUAUGUACCCGUAGUUAAUCAUUAAAUUUUCCCCGACUCUGUCGCAUUGCUUAUAUAGGGAAUGUCAACAAGGCGAAGCGGCCGGUUUGAUCAGGAAGAAGAAUUCACCCCCAUUAUUGUAGACAUUACUACAUUUUGAGUCGUGAUCAACAUACCAUUUCUGUCUCUGUGUUGGAAGGCACAUAGACCUUAUUAAAUUGUAGGCGAAUUAUGGAUAUUUUUUCUACUAUGAAGCCGCUUUUGUUCAUCAGCCUGGUGGGAUUAUUCAGCAUAUUUCCGUACAUUACUGGAAAUGCGGAAUAUGUGCGACUGGUGGAUGGACAGGUUCCCUCUGAGGGAAGAGUUGAGGUGUUUUACUAUGAACGCUGGGGGUCGGUCUGUGACGACCACUGGAGUCUAGACGAGGCCGAGGUAGUGUGCAAGGAUCUGGGCUAUAGUGGGGCGGAUCUGGCCCUGGUCGCCGCAGCCUACGGUCUUGGGAGUGGUCCAAUAUGGUUGGACGAUGUAGAGUGUCGAGGAGGAGAAGAGAGCUUGAAUCAAUGCAACCAUAAUACGAUAGGGACUCAUGACUGUGCGCAUGAGGAUGAUGCUUCGGUGAUGUGUACUGCACGAGGUUCUUUAAGACUUACAAACGGUACCUCAUCGCAUGAUGGCAUACUGCAGAUCAUGGGGAAUUCCUCAAGCUCUUGGGGCAGUGUUUGCGGGGAUACCUGGACCGCGGCAGCCGGGGAAGUGGCUUGCCGUCAACUUGGCUUCUCCGGUUACUUGAACAGUUCUUUCAGUGAUCCGUCAAACAGCACCAACUCUGGGCACGACGACGACCCAUGGACCUUCUUCCACGGUUUCCGUUGCUAUGGUAGCGAGAGGAGACUGGAAGUGUGUCCGGAUGCAGAAUGGGACACCGUUGACGCCUGCCAUGAGAAAAGAAAUGUGAUUCUACAAUGUGAUUCUACAGACGUCCGCCUCGUUGACGGUAGCGUACCAUACGAAGGUCGGGUCGAAGUUUUCUACGGUGCCACCUGGGGCACUGUUUGCGACGACCAAUGGGGUAUCCAAGACGCCAGCGUCGCCUGUCGCCAACUCGGCUACGAACUCGGGGCCAAGGAAGCGCCUCGGAACUCGUACUUUGGAUCGGCUGAUGGUCCUAUUCUUCUGGAUGACCUAUACUGCUAUGGACAGGAGAGUAGUCUGUUUAGCUGCCCACACAGUGGUUUCGCAAAUGAUAACUGCAACCAUCGUACCGACGCGGGCGCUGUUUGCUUGAGGAAAGACAAGCAAAUUCGCCUCCUAGGCGGUUUCACGAGUUACGAAGGUGUGGUCCAGGUGUGGUAUUACGAUUCCUGGCACACUGUCUGUGACGAUACCGAUCACUGGGGCAGGGAGGAGCGGGAGGUCGUGUGUCGUCAGCUCGGUUACGAGGUCGACGAUGAUUUCCGGACGCCCGUCGCUGUCAUCAACGCCGUGAUCGGUGAUACAUUAGUAAGACACUACAGAUGCACGGGGGAAGAAGAGGUGCUGUACUACGAUUGUCCGUGGGAUUAUACUAGUGUUAAUGAAUGUCUUCCAGAGACAGUUGCACAGGCUUGGUGUAGCAAACCAAAAGACUUGGACAUCAGACUACAAAAUAGCGAGUACGCUGGCCAAGGUCGGCUCGAGCUAUAUCACUCGGGUAUCUGGGGCACCGUGAGAACCCUCAACGAACAUCAAUCCGAGGUCAUAUGUCGACAGCUCGGCUACGAGUCCGUCAUGGAGAUCUAUGACGAGGCCGUGUUCGGGACUGGUGAUGGUCCUAUCUGGGACUUGGAGACGAUCACUUGUGAUGGGAAUGAGGAUAAUCUCAGAGAGUGCACCUCAGAUUGGGAUGGCAGGUUGGUCGGCGAUCAGGACCAUACUCGAGAUAUCUCUAUGAUGUGCAGGCCAUAUGAAUCCAUAGGAACAUUAAAACCUAGGCUUGUAGGCUAUGGUAACGCGAUUUCGAAUGGUCGGCUUGAGGUAUACCUUGGAGAUGGAGCCUGGGGGACUGUUUGCUCAUCGGAAGGAUGGGGGCAGACCGAGGCAGAGGUUGUAUGUAGACAACUGAACUAUGCCUCGGGUCAGUAUGCCAAGAUCAUGGAUCCUUCAGAGUUUCCUAAUAGCUACGGCCCGACUGCCUUCAGCAACGUCGACUGCGAUGCAGACGACGACAGCCUGAGGGAGUGUCAAUAUGGUGCCUGGGGGGAGCGAGACUGCCUGCACGAUCAGGACGUCGGAAUCGAGUGUUAUUAUUACGGAGAACCUGAAACUGGAGGUGGCAUACCAGUCUGGGAGGUAAUACUUAUCGCCGCCAUGGGUGCGUCGAUGUUCAUCAUCCUCAUCGGCCUGGCUAUCUACCAGCGAGGGCGCCACCGCCGUCGUGUCUCCACCCCAACCCACACCGAAUCACGUGAUGACAAUGGGUACAUCCAUAAUCCUGCUUUCGACAUGACCGAGCCCCCGCCAGACUACCGGCCUUCCACCCCACCGCCAACCGAGUCGCCGCCCUCUUACGAGUCGCUGGUGUUGGAGUCUCCCUACAAGCUGAACGAGGAUGCCGCCACGCCCCCGGCCACGCCCCCGGCCACGCCUCGGGUUGAUGAGGACAACCGUCGUGGACAUGAUCUGAAUGAUCAAAGAACGACGCAUCAAAACAAUGCGAUGCCUCGUGGUGACUAUCAAACGACAACGUACAUUUGAACUGAACAAAUGUAAUGAUUUCAUCAUGGGUGUUUUAGAUCCACGAUGGAAAAUUCACAACCCAUGUUGAAAAAAACGAAAGUAAUUUAUACGUACAAGAAAAGACGUAAUCUCAUGCAUGUAUGUGAAAGUACAUGUACGUCUAAAUACCGACUAUUUGUGCGUUUUUAAGCCAGAAUAAAUGUUUUCAAAUUGUGGUUAUAAAAUAUACAUGUUAUGAUAUUAUCUGUAAAUAAGAUUAUGAUUCUGGCUACGAGGUCCAUCAACGUACCCUUUGAAUUUACAUUUGUAGUCUAAUGAAUUUAAAUGUAAAUGUAUUCUACAUGUACAUCGUAAAACAAGAUUUCUAUAUAAAUAGCCAUAUUUUAUUACAUAUAAUGUCGUUUACGAACAAACAAGUUGCAUAUAUCAAUCACGGAAAGAUUGACAGACAUUAGAAAUUUCUCCCCCUCAACAAAAAACAAAAAGAAAAAAAAACAAAAAGAUGUCAACAAAAAGUCCAGUCAGCUUGAAAGCCAUAUUUGCCGUCAUCAAUUAAUCUACAAACAAUCUGAAAUAUAUUUUUGUAGUGUGAAGUGUACAUUUCGUGAUCGGUUUUACAGUAUUUUACUGAUUUUCCGAAUUAAAGAAAUAACAAAUUUAUCUUGUCGAGAAAAUGUCAGCGUAACUGAGUUUAAUUUAUAAACUAUCAUAUUAUGUAUAAUCAUUCUACAUGUGCAUAAUGUACUGAACUGUUUCCAACUCAAAAUAUCUUUAAUUAUUUUGUCUUUUUGUAAGAAUGUAUUUAUGUCGAUUUGAGUAUUCAUAUACCAUGCAAUUUUCACUUAUUCCAUCGCUAAAUGUAUGGAUAAUAAAGAUGUAUCUUUUAAUACGAACCUUGUUAUAUGAA